AUCAAAGUUUCCAUCUUUGUCCUAAAAACCAAUUGUCGCGACUCGAAAGUUCCUGUCUUUUUUUCUCCUCCAGACCAAAGCUUCUACUGUUCUUGUCACUAUGAAAACGGUAAUAAAUCUCCUUCCUUUGAUCUUUCUCUCAUUUGGGUUCUUCUCUUCUCUCGUAAUUGCUUCCUUCUCGGAAAUGGAGCCCAUACCUGUUUUUGAAUCAAUCGGUGAACACAGAGAUGAAUCCGCCCCAAAGAUUAGCUACGAUCGGAUCAAUGAAGUGAAGAGAAAAUGCAAAUCAGUGUUAUCUUCAGCUUCUGAGUUAAAGCUUGAAGAUAUCUCUAGGGCUCCUAGAAAAUCAAAAAAGAAUCUUGGUUUUCAAUACGGAGAUUGGGAUCAAGAUUCUGGUGAUUCUCCGAUUCUACCGUUUGAUUCAACCAACACAUUAAGAAACUCGUCGACGAAGCCUAUGAAUCUUGUUUCUUUCUCAGUCACAGAUCUAGAUCUUCCUCAUCGAACCAAGAAAUACAUUGGCGUUAAUGGUGUUUUGCUUCUAGCGAUCACAAUGUUUAAUGAAUUACCAAGCUUAAGAUCUUAUGGGAUUCGUGAGUUCGAGUUAUGGCCGAGUCAUACUCAGCUUAAGAUCUCGUUUCAAGGGAUUUAUGUUGAGAAUGAUGAUGAUGAAAGAGUUUUGUGUAUGCUUGGUGAAACAAUGUUACCUUCUCGUGAUGAAUCUGAUUCUUCUAAUCCAUGGAAAUGGGUUAAGGAACAUGACACACCUCCUCUUUUACAAGAUGAUCAGAUCCUGCUUCUUCUUCGGUAUCCGAAAAGCUUCACAUUGACGAAAAGAGUUGUUCAAGGAGAGCUUACUAGUCUAAACCAGAAGCCUAGUCUUAAGUUUUUCGACAAGGUCCAUCUUUUUUCUCAGCUUGGGAAAUCGGUUCGAUACGAUUUCGUCUCUAAUGAUUUGGUAUCAAAGGCUUGUGAUCCAUAUCCUUAUAAAAACGAUACUUUUACGAGUUCUGGAAAUGGUAUCAAUGUCUACAAAGGGAAAGGAUUCUGUGAUCUUCUUCAAAGAGUUACUAACCGCGCGCCUCUCACGGUUGUACCUAACUGGAAAUGCAACGGUACUGAUGAGUACUGCAGCAAAUUAGGUCCGUUUGCGUCUGACGGAGAUAUUAAAUUGACGGAUGGUAGCUUUAAAGAUGUGAAGUUGUAUAUGCAAAAUGUACAUUGUGAGGAAACCGCAGCUCGGUCUCAAUCGGAUGCUGUUACAAAAGUCUCGGCGGUUUUUCGUGCUGUUCAUCCGAAUGAGAAUCUUUACAUUUCAGGGUUGAGAUCAGGGAUAGAUAAUAUGACUGUUACAGCUGAAGGGAUUUGGAAACCUUCUAGCGGGCAGUUAUGUAUGGUUGGGUGCAGGCGAGGCCAAGUCGAUGGCUGCAACGCUCGUAUCUGUCUGUAUAUUCCAACUACUUUUUCGAUAAGGCAGCGAAGUAUACUUGUAGGAACUUUCUCCUGCCUAAAUACAGAGAAGAAUUUGACUCCGUCUUUCUUCCCGUUGUCGUUUGAGAAGCUUGUGGAGCCUAUGGAUAUGCAGAAUUACUUUCAGUCUUCGGCUUCGCAUCCGUUUUAUAGUUACUCGAAGUUAGAUGAUGCUGGUGCCAUCCUUGAGAAAAAUGAAGAGUUCUCUUUCGGAACAAUAAUCAAGAAGUCGGUAAUGCAUUUUCCGAAAUUGGAAGACUCUGAUGAUUUGCUUUCGAGCCUUUCUCUUCUAGCUGAGGACUUGACUUUCCAUACCCCUGCAUUUACCGACAAGCAGGCCUCAGGGACUAAUUUCGGCAUGGAUGUUCUCUCGCUCGGUCCUUUAUUCGGACUUUUCUGGCGUACUUCGAACUUUUCCAUCGCGGAACAGACAACUACGACUCCUUACCGCACAAAAGCUGAAUACACUGAGAAACAGCUUCUUCUGAAUGUAUCAGCUCAAAUCUCACUUACAGGGAAAAAUUUUGGUAACUUCUCUGUUCUUUACUUGGAAGGUCUUUACGAUGAGCAUGUUGGGAGAAUGUAUCUUGUCGGAUGCAGAGACGUGAGAGCCUCGUGGAAAAUCUUGUUUGAGAGUCCUGAUCUAGAAGCUGGGCUGGAUUGUUUGAUCGACGUGGUGGUUUCUUAUCCACCGAUCAAAUCACGGUGGUUGGCUGAUCCAACUGCUAAGGUUUCAAUAUCUAGCAACAGACCAGAAGAUGAUCCUCUCUAUUUUAAACCGGUGAAGCUCAAAACAACUCCUAUCUUUUACCGAAGGCAACGUGAAGACAUUCUUUCUCGUGCAGGCGUUGAAGGGAUCCUCAGGGUUCUCACGCUUACAUUCUCUAUCGGUUGCAUUACGAGCCAGCUUUUUUACGUCAGUAGCAAUACCGACUCGCUUCCUUUCGUUUCGCUUGUAAUGCUAGGAGUUCAAGCUCUCGGUUAUAGCUUGCCGUUGAUCACCGGAGCAGAGGCUCUCUUUAAAAGGAAAGCAGCUUCAGCAACAACAUAUGAAACACCUUCAUAUGAUCUACAGAGAAGUCAAUGGUUCAAUGUGAUUGAUUACACCGUGAAGCUCCUCGUGAUGGUUUGCUUUCUACUAACUCUAAGGCUAUGUCAGAAAGUCUGGAAGUCCCGUGCCAGAUUGCUCACUCGAACACCUCAAGAACCGCAUAAUGUUCCAAGUGAUCGCCGUGUACUUCUCAUUGCUUUGAUCUUACAUGCACUAGGAUACAUAAUCGCCCUGAUUCGACAUCCCGCAAGAGCAGAUAGAUUAGUUGUUGGAAGUUACGGAUCUGCUGCUUCAAAUUGGUGGCAAACUGAAACAGAGGAGUAUAUUGGUUUGGUUCAAGAUUUCUUCUUGCUUCCUCAGGUUAUUGCUAAUGUUAUGUGGCAGAUCGAUUCCCGGCAGCCACUAAGGAAGCUAUAUUACUUCGGGAUCACACUUGUCAGGCUUUUCCCGCACGCUUAUGACUACAUUGUUGGCUCUGUUCCUGAUCCUUACUUCAUCGGAGAAGAACAUGAGUUUGUUAAUCCGAAUUUCGACUUCUUCUCUAAGUUUGGAGAUAUCGCGAUACCUGUUACCGCGAUUCUACUUGCUGUCAUUGUGUUUGUUCAGCAGAGAUGGGACUAUGACAAGCUUUCACAAGCUUUAUCCUUUGGACGGUUUAGGAUUCUCCCUUCUCGUUCUGUUAAGUACGAGAGAGUAAUGUCUGAAUCCGAAAUGGUUUCUGGAGUCGGUGUCAAUGGAAAUCGCAGUGAUGAUGAAUGAUUUUGUACUCGAUUUUGUGUAUUAGUUGAUGUCUGAUUACAAACCAAGAAAUGGAUCAUGUCCUU